GUAAGCCAACAAAUAGAGUAAACAUAUUAUUGCUACCAACUAAAGCCGUGGUCAACAACACCAACUGCUUGAUGAAAUGCUAAGAACAAGGGACAUGGAGGAUUAGAAACCCCAAAAAAAUCUGACAUUGAAAUUGAAGGAUUAGAGAAAUGCCAUUCAAUGGAGUAUUACUGGUGUCAGUGGCUAAGACAUCAGCAGAAGUUUGGCAAUUUUUGUCAUGUCUGGCAGACCCAAUUGACAGCGAAGAGCUUUUGGAUCUGGUCAUCUGCUUCCCUCUUCAACAAUUGGGUCGCUUAGCUCUUUGUGUUUGGACUUUCCUUUGUGUCCCUCCUGACCCUUAUUACUAUCGCCGUUACUCUUACAAUUCUUCUGCUUCUUCUUCAUCUUCAUCACUUUAUGAUAACCAAGAUUUUGUUGCUGCGCCUCCUCCCCAAUAUUACUAUGAUUCUUCUUCUUCUUCUUCUUCACAUUCGGAUUGACCAUCAUUACCUAAUCUAAUCAACUUGUAAAGUUCCCUUCUUCCUGCUAUUUUGCUUUUUUGUAUAAUAUCACGUCUGUUGACCUGUUGUUGAUGUAGUGAAACUGAUGUUGUGUUCUUUUGUGAUAAUCAUACUUCUUCUUAGAUAUUAA